UUGGCCGAAGUUCCGCGUGUCACCGCUCUCUUUAGUCUAGGCCGCGCAUAUCAGCCAUGGCGCGCCUCCGCGGAUUGCCGAGGCCGGCUCGCAGCCUCCUACUGUCCCAAUUAUCACGCCAGGGACACCAGCGCCGGUCAAUACGAGCCCCCUCGCCACAAGCGUUCGAACAGGCGGCACCAGAACUUGCCGACCUCGAGCAGACGGCGCUCGCGGCGCCGGAGUUGAGCGAGGAAGAGAAGAAAGAGUUUAGGCCGUGGAAGCGUGCCAAGGACAGGAAAAUUCAACUUCCAGGCUCGAGAUACCAGUACCACCCUCCCAAGUACAACCGCGGUCCUCUGCACCCGAUACAAUCCCCGCCCUCGUCGGACCCGAGGGCGCGCGACUUCGUCCCGGGGCCCUUCAACCUGCCGCGGCUGAAGCAGACCUACCACUCGACUAUCGCGCCGGACAUCAUGACGCUGACCUACAAGCACGUGCCGCCCGGCACGCCGCCGAAGCCGACGCCGGAGCGCCUCCGCAGCUGGGACGACUCGUCGCCGUACCACAAGAACCGCGCGCUGCGCGGGCCCCGCGGCCACCCGGUGCUGCCGCUGCUCGAGCGCGACAUCAAUUUCACCAACAUACCGGCCCUCAAGGAGAUCACGAUUGCCAGCUACGUGCCGGCGGCCAUCAAGGACCCGGAGGCGCUGCUGGUCGCGCGCAGCGUGUUGCUGGCGCUGACCGGCACCACGCCCGAGAUCACCAAGACGCGCAGCAACGUCGUCCAGUGGGGCAUCCGCGCCGGCCUGAAGGCCGGCGUCAAGACCACCAUCUACGGCAAUGACGCCUACGAGUGGCUGGACCGCUGCGUCAACUUGGUGUUUCCGAGGAUCAAGGACUUCCAAGGGAUUCGGGCGACGACGGGUGACGGCUCCGGUAACCUCGCGUGGGGUUUCGGGCCGGAGGAGAUCAAGCUUUUCCCGGAGAUUGAGGUGAACUACUGGCUGUACCCGCCCACGAAGGUGCCCGGCUGCAGGGUGUUCGUGAAGACGACAGCGACCUCGGACAGGCAGGCGCGGCUGCUGCUGCAGGCGUUCGGCGUGCCCUUCUACGGCGAGAUCAGGGACUAAAGCGGGCAUACAGGGCAGGGGGAUGGCAUGUAGUGUACAAUACCAUUUGUGUAUACUUGUAACAUCAAGGGGGAGCGUGCGUCGCUGCAGAAGAAAGACGACCUUUUUUUUUGCUUCUGUCCUACCCAUCUAUAACCCGGUUGUUGUAUGUCCUGUUGUGGUAGAAACCCGAUCCGACCCUCGACCCAAAAAUCAAGUCUAAAUGCCGGAACCCAGCCCGAAAC